AUGCUUUCUCCAAACUCCUUUCUGCAGGAUUUCUGUGUUCCCAACACAGUAAAUCCAGAAACAAAUGGUUUUGAGUUGGAAGAUUCACCAUCAUCUUCACCUUCUUCUGUCGCAACCUCAAAUGGAGGAGGAUCCUCAGAAUCGACUAGAUACUCCAAUAACAUCCUCAGAUACAUAAGUGACAUACUCAUGGAUGAAGAAGAUGAAUUGAUGCACAAACCCUGCAUGUUGCAGGAAUGUUUAAGACUUCAAGCUGCUGAAAAAUCAUUCUAUGAUGUUCUUGAUCACAACAACCAUCCUUCAUCAAAGGAUAGCACAAGCACUGCCCAAGAUGGAAAUUUCGGUCGCACUGCUAGUUUUGAGAGCAAUAGUGGUGGCAGCUGCACCACUGAUAACUCAUAUGAAUCUGAUUGGGUUAACCUUGUUGGAGAAAUCGACUCUUCUUCGUUACAACUACAAACCCCUUUAGUAGAACAAAACUACUAUGAUUUGAUAGAACCAGAUCCAGCAAGCCAUUUUCAAGAUGGAACUUGGAGACAACUACAAACCCCUUUAGUAGAACAAAACUACUAUGAUUUGAUAGAACCAGAUCCAGCAAGCCAUUUUCAAGAUGGAACUUGGAGUUGGAAUGACAUUCAGACAGUGAUUGCGGUUGAAGAGGCUUCGGCUUCGUUAGUAACAAGAGAAAAGAGAAGCCAUACGAUGGAUGAUGAUGAUGAUAAUUGUAAUAAUGAACAAGAGGGAAGGGGUAGCAAGCUUUCAGCUAACUUCUCUGGUGAAUUAGAGCCACCAGAGAUUUUAGAUGAGGUACUACUUUAUCAAACAGGAAGGUAUCAACACCAACAAGCAUCAAAGAAUGUUGGUUCAGGAGGAAAGGCAACAGCAAGACGUCCGCGUUUGAAGAAAGGAUCUACUGAUAACACGGAGGCUGUGGAUUUGUGGACCAUGCUAACUCAAUGUGCACAGGCAGUGGCGAGCUACGAUCAAAGGAAUACAAAUGAGCUACUCAAGCAGAUUAGGCAACACUCUUCGCCGUUCGGCGAUGGACUCCAGCGUUUAGCUUAUUACUUUGCUGAUGGUCUUGAGAUCAGAUUGGCUGCCGAGACGCCAUCGUAUAUGCCUAUUAAUGUGAAACAAUUUUCAGCAUAG